CCCCGGCCCCCGCCGCGACCUUCGCCGCCGCCGCCGCCGCCGCCGCCGACUUCUUCUCGCGUUCGCAGCCGGCGGGUAUCCGCUCGCCCUCCCGCCCCGCGGCGUCCUCUGCCUCUCGCAGUGGCCAGCAGGGCCAUGGCGAAGAAGACCUCGCAGAACGGCAUCUACAGCGUGUCCAGGGAAAAGAAGGGCUCCCUUCUUGACCCCGCGGACGGGGCUCCCCCGGUCAAGACAGAGGUGGUGGCAGCCAGACUGGGGGGCCCGGGCUCGGGCCCGGGCCCGGGCCUGGCCAUCCCACCCCGGGAGACAUGGACCCGCCAGAUGGACUUCAUCAUGUCUUGUGUGGGCUUCGCUGUGGGCCUUGGCAACGUCUGGCGUUUCCCGUACCUGUGCUACAAGAACGGAGGAGGAGUAUUCCUCAUUCCCUAUCUUCUGAUUGCUCUCCUGGGAGGGAUCCCCAUCUUCUUCCUGGAGAUCUCACUGGGCCAGUUCAUGAAAGCUGGCAGCAUCAAUGUUUGGAACAUCUGUCCCCUCUUCAAAGGCCUGGGCUUUGCCUCCAUGGUGAUCGUCUUCUACUGCAACACUUACUACAUUAUGGUGCUGGCCUGGGGUUUCUACUACCUGGUGAAGUCCUUCACGGCCUCACUGCCUUGGGCCUCCUGCGGGCAUGACUGGAACACUCCGGAGUGUGUGGAGAUCUUCCGCCAGGAGGACUGUGCCAAUGUCAGUGUGGCCAACCUCACCUGUGACCAACUCUCAGAUCAGCGCUCCCCUGUCAUUGACUUCUGGGAAAAGAAAGUACUUCGCCUGUCUUCGGGUCUGGAGACGCCGGGGGAACUCAACUGGGAGGUGACCCUCUGCCUCCUCGCCUGUUGGGUUUUGGUCUACUUCUGUGUCUGGAAGGGAGUUAAGUCAACCGGAAAGAUUGUUUAUUUCACUGCUACAUUCCCGUACGUCGUCCUCCUCGUCCUGCUGGUGAGGGGAGUCAUGCUGCCAGGAGCAUUGGACGGCAUUAUCUACUAUCUCAAGCCUGAUUGGACUAAGCUGGGGUCUCCACAGGUGUGGAUCGAUGCUGGCACACAGAUCUUCUUUUCCUAUGCCAUCGGCCUGGGGGCACUGACAGCCCUGGGCAGCUACAAUCGUUUUAACAACAACUGUUACAAGGACGCCAUCAUACUGGCUCUCAUCAACAGUGGCACCAGCUUCUUUGCAGGCUUUGUGGUGUUUUCCAUCCUGGGCUUCAUGGCCUCUGAACAGGGUGUGCACAUUUCCAAGGUGGCCGAGUCAGGACCAGGACUGGCCUUCAUUGCCUAUCCCCGGGCUGUCACCCUAAUGCCUAUGGCCCCACUCUGGGCUGCUCUCUUCUUCUUCAUGUUAUUGCUGCUUGGCCUGGAUAGCCAGUUUGUAGGGGUAGAAGGAUUCAUUACUGGCCUCUUGGACCUCCUCCCGGCCUCCUACUACUUUCGUUUCCAUCGAGAGAUCUCUGUAGCUCUGUGCUGUGUAGUCUGCUUCAUCAUUGACCUUUCCAUGGUUACUGAAGGCGGCAUGUACGUCUUCCAGCUGUUUGAUUACUACUCGGCCAGCGGCAUGACUUUGCUGUGGCAGGCUUUCUGGGAGUGUGCAGUGGUUGCCUGGGUUUAUGGUGCUGACCGGUUCAUGGACGAUGUUGCCUGUAUGAUCGGCUACCGGCCUUCCCCUUGGAUGAAAUGGUGCUGGUCCUUCUUCACCCCACUGGUCUGCAUGGGCAUCUUCACCUUCCACGUGGCGUAUUACAAGCCACUUGUAUACAACAACACCUACGUGUACCCAUGGUGGGGUGAAGCAGUGGGCUGGUGCUUUGCCUUCUCCUCCAUGCUAUGUGUUCCGCUUUACCUACUCUACCAGCUCCUCGGGGCCAAGGGGACAUUCAUAGAGCGUUGGCGAGACCUGACCCAGCCCGUGUGGGGUCUCCAUCACUUGGAGUACAAGGCUCACGACUCUGAUGUCACCCUGACCCCAGUGUCUGAGAGCAGCAAGGUCAUUGUGGUGGAGAGUGUCAUGUGACCUGCUGUGAAGGGGUGCGGCAAGAAGGGGUGCCCAAAGUGCCCAAAGCCAAUGGGAGAGAGAUGCGCUCUCCCUCUCCUUUGCCUACCCACCCCACCAGCCUCCCUUCUUUUAGCCAUAGUAAAACCCCCUCGCUCCUUUCAACCCCCCUCACUGAGACCCUGGGGAGGGGAAGCCUUUUCUGUAUGAUAUUGAUAGAGGGGACCCGGGUCAGGCUGGGGCCAUGGUGUAUGAGUGCUUGAGUUGAACUGGUUUUCUUUUUUAAAUAAAACACCAAAAAAAUAAAAUUUUAAACACCCACCAAAAUCGAGACCCCACCCCCACCCAUGGCAUCAGUGGCAAUUCUCCCAUGAGUGGGAAUGUUGCCCCCCCACCCCCACCCAUGGCAUCAGUGGCAAUUCUCCCA